AAGAGCGUUUGCUAAAUGACUAACAUGUAAGUGUCUUGAUGUUUGAUCCUGUGUGCUUCAGUAAACCCCAGCAGUACAAGAUGGCUCGGUACUGUGAGGAGAUCUUUGGAGACUACCUACUGAGGCAUCCUCUCGAGGGAUACCCUGUGAGCCAUCUACCUUCUACCACACUAUACCUGUCUGUCUCCUGUUUAGUGUCUGUAUCUGUAUCGUGUCUGAUAGCAGAUGAUGGUUGAACAUAAUAAAGAAUAUGUAUGUAAUGUUUCCAUGCUACAAAAAAUGUACCAUUUACCAUAAAUGUCUUCUGCCAUUUUGUAAAAAACUAAACAUUUGUUGUUGUUGCCAGGUGGAAGCGGGCCGUCCCUUGCCUUCUCCCAUUGACCUCAAACGCAAAAUCCUCAUCAAAAACAAACGCUUGAAACCCGAGGUGGAACAGAGUACGUAUACAGUGGCAGUCAACUUUAUGCAAGAAUAGUUUUAUAUCUGUAGUUUCUUACAGAUGUUGCUACUGCUGGACUUACCUGUUCUCUGUCACUCUGUAUGGUGGUUUUAUUGACGUACACUAUGAUUGACUUGGGUUGUUGUUGUUGUUGUUGUGUUCUACAGAGCAGCUAGAGUCCUUUAAGAAGCACAUGGAGGCUGGAGAGACCAACACACCAGCCAUCUUACUGGGAGCAGAGACAGAGGAAGAUGUGGAGAAUGGUGAGCGUGUGUGUGUGUGAGUGUGUGUGUGUGCAGAUGCACACGUGUUUAUGUGUGUGUACACAAGGGUUCUUCUUUUCCUUCUUGUUCUGGUGUGUAGUGACUUUGGAGACUGAGAUAUUCAGUCACUUUGUAUCGGUUCACUAGAGGAUGUGUGUGUCUUUGUGGCUGUGUGUGUGUGUGUGUGUUGGAGGGUAACCGUGUGUGUUGGAGGGUAACCGUGUGUGUUGGAGGGUAACCGUGUGUGUUGGAGGGUAACCGUGUGUGUUGGAGGGUAACCGUGUGUGUUGGAGGGUAACCGUGUGUGUUGGAGGGUAACCGUGUGUGUUGGAGGGCAACCGUGUGUGUUGGAGGGCAACCGUGUGUGUUGGAGGGUAACCGUGUGUGUUGGAGGGUAACCGUGUGUGUUGGAGGGUAACCGUGUGUGUUGGAGGGUAACCGUGUGUGUUGGAGGGUAACCGUGUGUGUUGGAGGGCAACCGUGUGUGUUGGAGGGUAACCGUGUUGUGUGUUGGAGGGUAAACCGUGUGUGUUGGAGGGUAACGUGUGUGUUGGAGGGUAACUGUGUGUUGUGGAGGGUAACCGUGUGUGUUGGAGGGUAACCGUGUGUGUUGGAGGGUAACCGUGUGUGUUCCUGUAUCUCUAUCUCUAGGUGAUGUGAAGGAGUUGAACCCUGACUUGAAGAUCAGUACAUCAGAGGAGCCUAGUGAAGACAACAGCCUCAGCACCAGUGUCAGUGUGAAGAAAGAAGGAGAGGAGAAGGAGAGAGACAACAGCAUCAAAAAGGUAUACAUUUUGUAAAUGGAAUUUGUGUUUUGAGCUAAGACUUAGGGCUUUAUUUGAACAAACCUAACGCAAUGGUAGAUACAAGUGCUGGUGGUAGCGCUAUAGGUCCAGGAGUGUGUCAGAAAUAUUUUUGCGAUUUUCACAGCCGUUAUUAUGAGCACAGUAGCUGGCGGUGGCGUGAAAGGGCUGGGUUUUAAUGAAUAAACAAGUUGUAGGUGUGACGAAGGCUUGGCCACUCACUGGCCAAUCAAGGCGUUCCAUGGCUUAAUACUGCAUGCGUUUGUCUCAAGUUCUGUAGGUUAUUGACGGUCUUUGCGUUGUCAUUGACUCCAGUUCGGCCGGGGGCACGGAAUAUUCUGUCCUAGUCCAUUGUGGAUUGAUACUACAGUUUAUUAAAUAGCAUAUGCUACAGUAACGAGUAAAAAAUAUAUAUAUCCCGUGUUUGCUCUAUAUGUUUGCAGUGUUCACAGUCAACAUUGUUGUGAUUGGCUUCAAUGAGUAUAGGCCUUUACGCCAGUGGCGGUCAUUACCGUUUCAGAUGAGGGAGGAUUUUUUUUUUUUCAUGAGCAUAGCCUUAUUUCUAUUACAGCAUAUUGGAUGACUCUCAUUCAUAUUCCAUUCACCCAGUUCAAUGUAACAGCGAUAGGUUUAGGCUACUACAUGAUAUUCAAAUUGUCCCUAUACCCAUCAUGAGGUUGCUACAACCUAGCCUAUGAAUGAAAGUUUACAACGUAGGUGCACACAGGUUGAGAGACAAAUUUGAUGUGACAGACAGUGACAUUCAAUACCGCCUUGCACACUCUUGCCUGCAUCUAGCUCAUAGUGGGUGUAAUCAUUAGUCCAACAGUUGCAAACAAGAGUUUCUAUUGGACAAAUUCAGGUAUGUUUAUCCCAGUUUUGUUCCAUUUGCUUCUGUUUAAGAAACGUUUUUCAACAUAAUCGGCAGAAUGAAUACACCCCUGAUCACGCGUAAACCCAGUUCACCGUUUCAUAGCAGCCACGUUGUAUUGCUUCUCGCAUCAACAUUAUGCGCUCUCCUCCUUUCACCUCUUCCCUUUGCUUGUGGACUUCAAUGCAUAACACAUCAGUUGUACAGUGAGGGAAAAUAUUAUUUGACCCCCUGCUGAUUUUGUUAGUUUGCCCACUGACAAAGAAAUGAUCAGUCUAUAAUUUUAAUGGUAGGUUUAUUUGAAUAGUGAGAGACAGAAUAACAACAAAAAAAUCCAGAAAAACGCAUGUCAAAAAUGUUAUAGAUUGAUUUGCAUUUUAAUGAGGGAAAUAAGUAUUUGACCCCCUCUCAAUCAGAAAGAUUUCUGGCUCCCAGGUGUCUUUUAUACAGGUAACGAGCUGAGAUUAGGAGCACACUCUUAAAGGGAGUGCUCCUAAUCUCAGUUUGUUACCUGUAUAAAAGACACCUGUCCACAGAAGCAAUCAAUCAAUCAGAUUCCAAACUCUCCACCAUGGACAAGACCAAAGAGCUCUCCAAGGAUGUCGGGGCUACAAGACCAUCGCCAAGCAGCUUGGUGAGAAGGUGACAACAGUUGGUGCGAUUAUUCGCAAAUGGAAGAAACACAAAAGAACUGUCAAUCUCCCUCGGCCUGGGGCACCAUGCAAGAUCUCACCUCGUGGAGUUGCAAUGAUCAUGAGAACGGUGAGGAAUCAGCCCAGAACUACACAGGAGGAUCUUGUCAAUGAUCUCAAGGCAGCUGGGACCAUAGUCACCAAGAAAACAAUUGGUAACACACUACGCCGUGAAGGACUGAAAUCCUGCAGCGCCCGCAAGGUCCCCCUGCUCAAGAAAGCACAAAUACAUGCCCGUCUGAAGUUUGCCAAUGAACAUCUGAAUGAUUCAGAGGAGAACUGGGUGAAAGUGUUGUGGUCAGAUGAGACCAAAAUGGAGCUCUUUGGCAUCAACUCAACUCGCCGUGUUUGGAGGAGGAGGAAUGCUGCCUAUGACCCCAAGAACACCAUCCCCACCGUCAAACAUGGAGGUGGAAACAUUAUGCUUUGGGGGUGUUUUUCUGCUAAGGGGACAGGACAACUUCACCGCAUCAAAGGGACGAUGGACAGGGCCAUGUACCGUCAAAUCUUGGGUGAGAACCUCCUUCCCGCAGCCAGGGCAUUGAAAAUGGGUCGUGGAUGGGUAUUCCAGCAUGACAAUGACCCAAAACACACGGCCAAGGCAACAAAGGAGUGGCUCAAGAAGAAGCACAUUAAGGUCCUGGAGUGGCCUAGCCAGUCUCCAGACCUUAAUCCCAUAGAAAAUCUGUGGAGGGAGCUGAAGGUUCGAGUUGACAAACGUCAGCCUCGAAAACCUUAAUGACUUGGAAAAGAUCUGCAAAGAGGAGUGGGACAAAAUCCCUCCUGAGAUGUGUGCAAACAUGGUGGCCAACUACAAGAAACGUCUGACCUCUGUGAUUGCCAACAAGGGUUUUGCCACCAAGUACUAAGUCAUGUUUUGCAGAGGGGUCAAAUACUUAUUUCCCUCAUUAACAUGCAAAUCAAUUAAUAACAUUUUUGACAUGUGUUUUUCUGGAUUUUUUUGUUGUUAUUCUGUCUCUCACUGUUCAAAUAAACCUACCAUUAAAAUUAUAGACUGAUCAUGUCUUUGUCAGUGGGCAAACGUACAAAAUCAGCAGGGGAUCAAAUACUUUUUUACCUCACUGUAUGUGACCAGGCGAAAAAACCUUUCCAAGCCAAACCGCUACACACAGCCUACAUCAUUGUCACGAUAUUAGCUAAAGUAACGUCAGUCAGCAUAGCUAAGAGAACUAAUGCGUUAGUAAACCCGCUACAAUCAUGCAGUAACAUUAUCAGUAAGCAGUUAUACAGGCGGGCCCCGGUGGCAAUAAAUUAGUAAAACCAAAAGCUUACCUUGACUUGGAAGAGUUCCAGUGUUGUUUGAUAGUCAUAGCCAGCUACCUAACAUAGCAUCCCUCUGUUCGAGCAGGGUGUUUCAGUAGGCUAAACUAGCUAGCUGCAUUUUCUAGCUAAGUAAGUGAAACUGAAAGUGGAAAAAAAAUGACAAUCUCUCUCUCUCUCUCUAUUUCUCUCUUGCUUCUCCUUCAUUUAGGAAGAAAUUAAUUUGUUCUAAACUGUUCAACUAUUUUCUUUCUCUCUCUUUGAGUCAACUACUCACCACAUGUUAUGCACUGCAGUGCUAGCUAGCUGUAGCUUAUGCUUUCAGUACUAGAUUCAUUCUCUGAUCCUUUGAUUGGGUGGACAACAUGUCAGUUCAUGCUGCAAGAGCUCUGAUAGGUUGGAGGACAUCUUCUGGAAGUUGUCAUAAUUACUGUGUAAGUCUAUGUAAGGGGGUGAGAACCAUGAGCCUCCUAGGUUUUGUAUUGAAGUCAGUGUACUCAGAGGAGGAUGGAAGCUAGCUGUCCUCCGGCUACACCAUGGUGCUACCCUACAGAGUGCUGACGAGGCUACUGUAGACCUUCUUUGCAAAACAGUGUGUUUUAAUCAAUGAUUUGGUGACGUGAUUAUAUUUAGUAUAGUUUUAUCAAAAACGGAUAACUUUUUUAAUUUUUUUAAUGUAAAAUGUUCAUGCAAUUCACUGAGGAGGAUGGCUGAGGAGCCUCCACUGCUUUACGCAUCGUACUUCUCCUCAAAUACAAAAUGACUAGGUUACAAUAAAUUAAAUUGUAUGUGUGAAGCACGUUCUCAAUAAGCAGGAUAUAGCCCAGGCCUACCGUUGAUACUGUAUUAUAGGACUGAAUCGUUUUAAUACGUUUGGAGGAGCGUCUUUGGUAACCUGACAAGAGGCUCUUGGGGAUGGAUACAAGCCGAACGGAGUAGCCUAUGCACUGCAGGUAGGCCUAUGUGAAUUGUGAAUAAGGCAAAAGGAUGUCGGCAAAAAGCCUCACGAGUAGACCAUUUCGAAACCUUUUAUGGAUAGGCUACUUGGCUAAUAUAUGGCCAGGAUAAGGAAGAUACCAGACGCAUUGCUGUUGAACCAGCUUUCGUUAUAGGAUAUAAUAUAGUUAUCAAACGGAAAAGAAGCAAUUGUUACAGGAAGGUAACUUACAGUGCAUUCGGAAAGAAUUCAGACCCCUUUACUUUUUACAGCCUUAUUCGAAAACUGAUUAAAUACAUUUUUUUCCUCAUCAAUCUACACACAAUAUCCCAUAAUGACAAAGCAAAAACAGGUAUUUUAAAUGUUUUGGCUAAUAAUAAUACAAAAUAUUAAACAUUUACAUAAGUAUUCAGACCCAUUGCUAUGAGCCUCGAAAUUGAGCUCAGGUGCAUCCUGUUUCCAUUGAUCAUCCUUGAGAUGUUUCUACAAGUUGAUUGGAGUCCACCUGUGGUAAAUUCAAUUUAUUGGACAUGAUUUGGAAAGGCACACACCUGUCUAUAUAAGCUCCCACAUUUGACAGUGCAUGUCAGAGCAAAAAUCAAGCCAUGAGGUCGAAGGAAUUGUGCGUAGAGCUCCGAGACAUUAUUGUGUCGAGGAACAGAUCUGGGGAAGGGUACCAACAUUUCUGCAGCAUUGAAGGUCCCCAAGAACACAGUGGCCUCCAUCAUUCUUAAAUGGAAUAAGUUUGGAACCACAAAGACUCUUCCUAUAGCUGGCCACCCUGCAAUCAGGGGAGAAGGGCCUUGGUCAGGGAGGUGACCAAGAACCCGAUGGUCACUCUGACAGAGCUCCAGAGUUUUUCUGUGGAGAUGUGAGAACCUUCCAGAAGGACAACCAUCUCUGCAACACUCCACCAAUCAGGCCUUUAUAGUAGAGUGGCCAGACGGAAGCCACUCCACAGUAAAAAGGCACAACAGCCUGCUUGGAGUUUGCCAAAAGGCACCUAAAGGCUCUCAGACCAUGAGAAACAAGGUUCUCUGGUCUGAUGAAACGAAGAUUUAACUCUUUGGCCUGAAUGCCAAGCGUCACGUCUGGAGGAAACCUGGCACUAUCCCUACGGUGAAGCAUGGUGGUGGCAGCAUCAUGCUGUGGGGAUGUUUUUCAGCGUCAGGGACUGGGAGACUAGUCAGGAUCGGGGGAAAGAUGAACGGAGCAAAGUACAGAGAGAUCCUUGAUGAAAACCCGCUCCAGAGCACUCAGGACCUCAGACUGGGGCGAAGGUUCACCUUCCAACAGGACAACGAAAUCAGCACACAGCCAAGAAAUCGCAGGAGUGGCUUCGGGACAAGUCAACAAUUUAAUCCAUUUUAGAAUAAGGCUGUAACGUAACAAAAUGUGGAAAAAGUCAAGGGGUCUGAAUACUUUCCGAAUGCACUGUACACGGGUGAAAUGCUGUUUCAGCCAAUCAGCAUCCAGGACCAAAAUGACCCAGUUUAUAAUGAACUAUUGUUGUGUGUUCAGGUUGUGGAGGAGGAUCCAACAGAGAUGUCUGAGGCCACAGAAGCAACAGAUGCCACAGACAUCUCAGAGGCUUCUGAGGAAAACAACAUCAAGAAGGUAUGGGAGUUGGUUCAGCUGCUCUUCCUCUCUUUACUGGUCACAAACUAGCCUUUUCUCUCCCUACUGUUGAGUGUGAAGCCUUUUCUCUCUCUACUGUUGAGUGUGAAGCCUUUUCUCUCUCUACUGUUGAGUGAAGCCUUUUCUCUCUCUACUGUUGAGUGUGAAGCCUUUUCUCUCUCUACUGUUGAGUGUGAAGCCUUUUCUCUCCCUACUGUUGAGUGUGAAGCCUUUUCUCUCUCUACUGUUGAGUGUGAAGCAUUUUCUCUCUCUACUGUUGAGUGUGAAGCCUUUUCUCUAAGCUCUAGCCAGUGUAAAGCUCUUUCUCUGGUCAUUUAUAUAUUUAUAAUGAGAGUGUUCCUAACUAACUUGAUGUGCUUUAGAACUACUUUAUGUGCUCUCAGACUGGAGGGUUAUGUGUGUACAGUGUGGAGACUGGAAUACAACGGAGAUGUGUGAGUGUAAAACGACAGUGUGUUUUCUGCUCCUGUGUAGACUGGAGAGACGACGGAUGACGAGGAGGCUCUCAUAGCCUCGUACACGUACGUAGGAGCCACCACCAACAUCCACCCCUACCUCUCUGCCAUGGUCAACUACGCACAGCCUGUCAAGUUCCAGAGCUUUGAUGUCGCAGAAGGUAACCUUCAAUUUCAGUUAAGAUUAAUGAACUGGUUUAGUGAUUGUCUAGUUACGGCGAUUGUUAAACUUCUAGAACUUGUACUGUAAAAUGAAGCUGGUUCAGAUGGUUUUAGUUACUUGAGCUUUCAUGGUGCAACAUCAGAGUUGUGGGUUGUGUGGUACACUUCUAGAUGUGUCAAAUACAUUAAUCAGAUGAGCUCUCUCUCUCUCUCUCUCUCUCUCUCUUCCUCUCUCUCUCUCUCUCUCUCUUCCUCUCUUCCUCUCUCUCUCUCUCUCUCUCUCUCUCUCUUCCUCUCUUCCUCUCGCUCUCUCGCUCAUUUUAACUCUACUGUCUCUUCUCCCUCCAGAGAGGAACAUCCACCACAACAUGUCGUCAUUUAACGAGUCAGUGGGUCUGGGUUAUCUGAAAACCAACGCCAUCGAGUUUGUCAAGUAUCCUUUGGUCCAGUGUCAACACUCACACAGCAUGUAAAUGCACAUAGACAAUAUAGACAAAAUAAAGACACAUUCACCCCAAAACUACAUUUAUCCAAUAUUUCCUGACCUGUGAAGUAGUCAAGAUGAGUCCAUAGUCCUUCAUGCUACUAUUCAUCUUAAUGAAUUACAGCAUGAAAAGUGACUGACUCCCUAGAUUUUCUAGACAAAAAAAACAGUAUCCAAAGUGGGUCCCUUGGACGCGUCCUUUUUAUCCACGCCAAACUUGGUGCAAAACCACGCCCACAGGUAACCAAGCAACAUUCAUAGCCGAGCUGAUUGGUCGGAGUUCGGAUGUUCCCUGUGAUGAAGUAAAUGCUUGUGAGAAAGGACGAACGCUGUAGAGGGAAUCCCCUCUGAGUUUCCUCGUGCCUGCCAUGCCACAAACCGUGGGAGAUGCGUAGUUGCGCGGCCUCGUUUUAAAUUAGCUCAAUGAAAGGGAAGCAACAAGUGACUCUGUAAAUAGCUAACAUUACAUGAUUGUUAGUAAUAGUGAAUCAAUGGAGCUAGCUUUGCCCAUUCAGCUAGAGCUAGCUAUGCAGCAUCUUAGUUGCCAACUACCACAAAUAUCAUGUAACUAAGUAUCUCAAUUGUCCUUUCGUAAACACUUAGAUAACCACACUAAGCUAACACUAGACAACACACACUACUAGACAGCAGCCCAAUCGGUGUUGUAAGAUAGCAAUAACACUUGAUAUAAUUCACAGAUUACUUACCUCCACAAACAAUGCAACUAUCCAUGAAGUCGAUACUAUUCAUCUGGCCAGUCAGGCUGGCUGCAAUCACUCACUAAAAAGCUACAUAGUUAAAUGGAACUUCAUAUCCAAAUUUGGGAAAAUGCAAGGUAUUGUUGCCAAUGUUUUGUUGGGGAUUCUGUCUCUUGUGUUCUUCCUUCUCUCGGACGUCUUUACUUCUCACAAGGGAACAAUUGAACUCUUCCCAAUCAGCGCGGCGUUGAAUGUUGCUAGGUUUCUCGUAGGCGCGGUUUUGCACCAAGUUUGGCGUGGAUAAAAAGGACACCCCCUGGACAAGAACUUUCCAUGUUGCAACAGUUGUAACUUUGCAGUUUGAGGCCAUGAUAUGAGGCUAGACUGCUGUAUACUAGACGUUGUUUGUUUACAGUCUCCAUCUGUGGAAAACUGCCUUAGCUCCUCUGGGAGAGACCGAUGUGCCUUUGGAAUGGAGAACACACACACACAUUCCAGUGGGAAUGCAGGACACAAGCUGUUCCCUUCUAAAAAUAGGUCUGCGGCCCGUUCGACUCGCUACACACACACUUGAACACACACACACAGAAACACACCACUGUUUCAACUUCCAGACCUCAGGUGCUGUACCAUGUAGUCCUACUGAACAAACAUCAUAGAUGCAUACACCAGACACACACACACACACACACACACACACACUCUUUCCCUCCCUCUGUCCCUGUGUUAAGUCCUGAGUGUUUGCGUCCAGCUACAACAAGCGUCAGAUGAGUCGGAUCUAUCCUAAAGGAGGCAGGGUGGAUUCCAGUAAUUACAUGCCUCAGAUCUUCUGGAACGCAGGCUGCCAGAUGGUCUCCCUUAACUACCAGACCCCAGGUACUGUACUGGAGCAUGUUAACCCUACUGCACAUACAGACUCAUACCUAGAUUCACAUGUGACACACACACCCCUCACAUAACCCUAUUCCACUGUUUCUCUGUAAUUCUCCUGUCUGAGGGUUGAGAGAUUGAACACACACACACACACACACACACAUACAUGGAUAUAUUCACAUGCGACACACACACAUACAUGGAUAUAUUCACAUGCGACACACACAUACAUGGAUAUAUUCACAUGCGACACACACACAUACAUGGAUAUAUUCACAUGCGACACACACACAUACAUGGAUAUAUUCACAUGCGACACACACACAUACAUGGAUAUAUUCACAUGCGACACACACACAUACAUGGAUAUAUUCACAUGCGACACACACACAUACAUGGAUAUAUUCACAUGCGACACACACACAUACAUGGAUAUAUUCACAUGCGACACACACACAUACAUGGAUAGAUUCACAUGCGACACACACACAUACAUGGAUAUAUUCACAUGCGACACACACACAUACAUGGAUAUAUUCACAUGCGACACACACACAUACAUGGAUAUAUUCACAUGCGACACACACACAUACAUGGAUAUAUUCACAUGCGACACACACACAUACAUGGAUAUAUUCACAUGCGACACACACAUACAUGGAUAUAUUCACAUGCGACACACACACAUACAUGGAUAUAUUCACAUGCGACACACACAUACAUGGAUAUAUUCACAUGCGACACACACACAUACAUGGAUAGAUUCACAUGCGACACACACACAUACAUGGAUAUAUUCACAUGCGACACACACACAUACAUGGAUAUAUUCACAUGCGACACACACAUACAUGGAUAUAUUCACAUGCGACACACACACAUACAUGGAUAGAUUCACACACUACAUAUUAUUACCCCCUACAACACACAUGCUCUUACAGACAGGCUCUCGCUCUCUCUCUCUCUCUCUCUCUCUCUCGCGCUCUCUCUCGCUCUCUCUCUCGCUCUCUUCUCUCAGCUCUCUCUCUCUCCUUCUCUCUCUCGCUCGCGCUCUCUCGCUCCUCAGUUCUCUCUCGAAUCUCUCUCUCUCUCUCUCCUGGCCUCUCUCUCUCUCUCUCUCUCUCUCUCUCUCUCUCUCGCUCUCUCUCUCGCUCUCUCUCUCUUCCUGUCAAUUUCAAUUUAAGGGUCUUUAUCUUUAUUGGGAAACAUAUGUUUACAUUGCCAAAACAAGUGAAAUAGAUAAUAAACAAAAGUGAAAUAAACAAUACAAAAAUGAACAGUAAACAUUAAACUCAUAAAAGUUCCAAAAGAAUAAAGACAUUUCAAAUGUCAUAUUAUGUCUAUAUACAGUGUUGUAACGAUCUUUAUCUCUUCCUGUCUCUCUCUCUCUCUUUAUCUGUCACUCACUCACACACACACACACACACACUGUGAACCCUGUAGUUAACAGAUGCUGCCCCAUGUCUGAGGGCGAUGGGGUUGUAACAUAUGGCUCCCUGUGAGUGGGCAUGUGUAGGGCUGGAGGGGGGUGAGGGCCGGGGGAGAGAGAGGGAGGAGAGGAGAGGAAGAAGAGAUGUCAGUAAGGUGGAAGAUUCCCCCUUCUCUCUCCCUCUGGGUUGAGCAACAGCAACACUACAGAAUAUGCCUGUUGAGUUGUUGAAAAAAUCAACAUGUCACAAAUAAAUUUAAUCAACCUGAAAAAUGUAAUCUGUGUAUGUCUUUGUCUGUUAGCAUAAUGUGUGUGUACGCUUCAAGAAGAGUGUGUCUGCAUGUGACUGUGCGUCUGUGAUUUCUAUUGUAAUAACACCUAAACAGACUCUCUCUCUUGUCGCAGAUCUGGCCAUGCAGCUGAACCAGGGAAAGUAUGAGUACAACGGAUCCUGUGGGUAAGUGCUGCUGCUCCUUCCUUCCACUCCUUUAUCCUCUCUCCAUCCCCCUCCCUCUCCAUCCCGUUUAGCCUCUCUCCAUCCCCCCCUCCUUCCACGCCUUUAUCCUCUCUCCAUCCCCCCCCCCGUCACCCUUUACCCUCUCCACCCCCCCCUCCUUCUCCCUUUGAUCCCUCUCCAUCCCCCCCCUCCUUCCACUCCUUUAUCCUCCUCCAUCCCCCCCCUCCUUCAUCCCUUAUCGCUCUCUCAACCCCCUCCCCUUCACCUUUUAUCCUCUUCCAUCCCCCACCCUCCUUCAUCGCCUUUAUCCUCCUCCAUCACCUCCCUCCUUCACGCUUUAUCCUCGUCCAUCCCCCUCCCCUUCCACUGCUUUAUCCUCCUCCAUCCCCCCCCCUCCUUCAUCCUUACCUCUCUCCAUCCCCCUCCCUCCUUCCAAUGCUUUAUCCUCUCUCCAUCCACCCUCCCCUCUUCCACUGCUUUAAUCCUCUCUCCAUCCCCCUCCCUCCUUCCAUCUUUAUCCUCUCUCCAUCCCCCCUCCUCCUUCCACUGCUUUAUCCUCUCUCCUCCCCCUCCCCCUCCCUUCAUCCCUUUAUCCUCUCUCCAUCCCCCACCCUCCUUCCACUCCCUUUAAUCCUCUCUCCAUCCCCCUCCCUCCUUCCAUCCCUUUAUCCUCUCUCCAUCCCCCACCCUCCUUCAUCCCUUUAUCCCUCUCCAUCCUCCUCCCUCCUUCCACUCCUUUAUCCUCUCUCCAUCCCCCUCCCUCCUUCCACUCCUUUAUCCUCUCUCCAUCCCCUCCCUCCCUCCUUUCACUCCUUUAUCCUCUCUCCAUCCCCCCACCCUCCUUCAUCCCUUUAUCCUCUCUCCAUCCCCCUCCCUCCUUCAUCCCUUUAUCCUCUCUCCAUCCCCCCCCCUCCUUCCACUCCUUUAUCCUCUCUCCAUCCCCCUCCCUCCUUCAUCCCUUUAUCCUCUCUCCAUCCCCCUCCCUCCUUCCACUCCUUUAUCCUCUCUCCAUCCCCCACCCUCCUUCAUCCCUUUAUCCUCUCUCCAUCCCCCUCCCUCCUUCCACUGCUUUAUCCUCUCUCCAUCCCCCUCCCUCCUUCCACUGCUUUAUCCUCUCUCCAUCCCCCUCCCUCCUUCAUCCUUUAUCCCUCUCCAUCCCCCUCCCUCCUUCCAAUGCUAUAUCCUCUCUCCAUCCCCCUCCCUCCUUCCACUGCUUUAUCCUCUCUCCAUCCCCCUCCCUCCUUCCACUGCUUUAUCCUCUCUCCAUCCCCCUCCCUCCUUCCACUGCUUUAUCCUCUCUCCAUCCCCCUCCCUCCUUCAUCCCUUUAUCCUCUCUCCAUCCCCCACCCUCCUUCCACUCCUUUAUCCUCUCUCCAUCCCCCUCCUCCUUCCAUCCUUUAUCUCUCUCCAUCCCCCACCCUCCUUCAUCCCUUUAUCCUCUCUCCAUCCCCCUCCCUCCUUCCAUCCCUUUAUCUCCCCCUUCCUCUCUGAAAGCUCAUCAAUUAAAGCGUUUCACAUCUCAUAAGUGGUUUCCGGCUGGCUCACUCUGCCACUAUCUCACUGAUGGGGCUCCCUGCUCCCCUCCUCUUAUCCUCUCUUGCUCUCUCACUCUCUUGCGCGCUCUCUCUCUACCCCCCCCAUCUCUCUUCCUUUGACCUUGGGAUUUCACUACUAAAGUCAGAUACAGUUUAAGUCAGAAGUUUACAUACACUAGGUUGGAGUCAUUAAAACUUGUUUUUCAACCACUCCACAAAUUUCUUGUUAACAAACUAUAGUUUUGGCAACUCGGUUAGGACAUCUACUUUGUGCAUGACACAAGUAAUUUUUCCAACAAUUGUUUACAGACAGAUUAUUUCACUUAUAAUUCACUGUAGCACAAUUCCAGUGGGUCAGAAGUUUACAUACACUAAGUUGACUGUGCCUUUAAACAGCUUGGAAAAUUCCAGAAAAUGAUGUCAUGGCUUUAGAAGCUUCUGAUAGGCUAAUUGACAUCAUUUGAGUCAAUUGGAGGUGUACCUGUGGAUGUAUUUCAAGGCCUACCUUCAAACUCAGUGCCUCUUUGCUUGACAUCAUGGGAAAAUCAAAAGAAAUCAGCCAAGACCUCAGAAAAAAAGUUGUAGACCUCCACAAGUCUGGUUCAUCCUUGGGAGAAAUUUCCAAACGCCUGAAGGUACCACAUUGAUCUGUACCACGUUCAAACAAUAGUACGCAAGUAUAAACACCAUGGGACCACGCAGCCGUCAUACUGCUCAGGAAGGAGACGCGUUCUGUCUCCUAGAGAUGAACAUACUUUGGUGCGAAAAGUGCAAAUCAAUCCCAGAACAACAGCAAAGGACCUUAUGAAGAUGCUGGAGGAAACAGGUACAAAAGUAUCUAUAUCCACAGUAAAACGAGUCCUAUAUCGACAUAACCUGAAAGGCCGCUCAGCAAGGAAGAAGCCAAAACCACCAAAACCGCCAUAAAAAAGCCAGACUACGGUUUACAACUGCACAUGGGGACAAAGAUCGUACUUUUUGGAGAAAUGUCCUCUGGUCUUAUGAAACAAAAAUAGAACUGUUUGGCCUUAAUGACCAUCUUUAUGUUUGGAGGAAAAAGGGGGCUGUUGCAAGCCGAAGAACACCAUCCCAACCGUGAAGCACGGGGUGGCAGCAUCAUGCUGUGGGGGUGCUUUGCUGCAGGAGGGACUGGUGCACUUCACAAAAUAGAUUGCAUCAUGAGGAAGGAAAUGAUGUGGAUAUAUUGAAGCAACAUCUCAAGACAUCAGUCAGGAAGUUAAAGCUUGGUCACAAAUGGGUCUUCCAAAUGGACAAUGACCCCAAGCAUACUUCCAAAGUUGUGGCAAAAUGGCUUAAGGACAACAAAGUCACGGUAUUGGAGUGGCCAUCACAAAGCCCUGACCUCAAUCCUAUAGAAAAUGUGUGGGCAGAACUGAAAAAGCGUGUGCGAGCAAGGAGGCCUACAAACCUGACUCAGGAGGAAUGGGCCAAAAUUCACCCAACUUAUUGUGUGGAAGCUUGUGGAAGGCUACCCAAAACGUUUGACCCAAGUUAAACAAUUUAAAGGCAAUGCUACCAAAUACUAAUUGGUAGACCCACUGGGAAUGUGAUGAAAGAAAUAAAAGCUGAAAUAAAAAAUUAUCUAAAUUAUUAUUAAGUGAUGAUCCUAACUGACCUAAGACAGGGAAUUUUUACUAGGAUUUGUGAAAAACUGAGUUGAAAUGUAUUUGGCUAAGGUGUAUGUAAACUUCCGACUUCAACUGUAUUUCCUAUGCAAAGAGAUCAGUAAUGACAGUAACACCCCUAUCUCCUAAUGUUCUUCUAAUGUGACUUUUUCUAAUGUGACUUUCACCCUUAACUAAUGUCGCAUACACACACACACACACACACACACACACACACACACACACACACACACACACACACACACACACACAGGGCUCUCCUAAUGCGUCUCCCGUCCUAACUCAGCUGGUACACACGCAGGGUAGAAUCACAAUCAUUGUCAUCAUCAUUAGGAUUCAGGCUAACUUACUGUAAUAGUGUGAGCAGGAAUAUAAAUGAUCUAGCACUAAUUAUCCUUUUUGUACUGAUCGAUACAACCACCAAUCCAUUUAUCUUGAUAUGGAAAAUAGCAAUGCACCAUCUCUACAACACGAUUUAGAUGUAGUUGUUAAACGAUCAGAAAACACUGUAUAACACAUUUAUAAACACUAUACUAGCACUUUACAGAAAGUGUUUAGAGCAGCAAUCAGCAGUUGAAACAAUAACAAAAACAUCCCUGCCCCUGUUUUGGUAAAAAGCUGAGGGAUGGGGCUGGAGAAAUGUAACCACUCUCAAAUUCACAGACAGAGCUAUGGAUGCAAGGACUGGCCAUCCAUGAUAUCAAAAUGAUAGUUUUAACCACGUUUUGAGGCUAUAUAGUGUUUGUUUACGUUUACUUUGUUUACAAACAUUGGAGUAAAAUAAGCUUAUAUUUUGGGUUCUGAUGGGGUACGUCAGUUGAACUAAGCUCAUGAGGUAUUUAUAAGUUAUAUUCUUCAAAAAUCAAUGGGUGCAUAUCAUGAAUGUAUACAUCAAAAAAUGGAUGUAGCAACUGCAGAUUGCCCCUUUAAGAGUUUGAAUUUUUGUUUUAACCCUGCUGGGCCACCAUCCCUCCUCUCUCUUCCCAGGUAUCUGUUGAAGCCAGACUUCAUGCGUCGCUCAGACAGGAUGUUUGACCCCUUCUCAGAGACACCUGUGGACGGGGUUAUUGCUGCUACCUGCAGUGUACAGGUACGAGGUCAGGAGUUCCAAGUUCACAGCACAGAGAGGGAUAUGGAGGUAGAUGGGGCUUAUUGUAGUGGAUCUGCACAUAAUCACUGGAUUAAUAAGAAACCAAGAGAGAAAAGCAAUACAUGUGCUGGGAAGAUCGGAAACCUGAAGUUCACUUGUGUGAAGUUCACUAUUUUACAACUUCAUGUUAGAUGGUUCCUCACCCUGAAAGUAGUCUAUGGGCCAGGAGAAACUGUCAUCUAUGGUUCAGUUUUCUUUAAACAGCCAUUACAAACUUCAGCUAACUUUAGCCACCGCUAGCUAAAAAUCCAUGUAAGUGAUGUGAGCAUGUUUUAAAAAAUGAUGUCCAAUCAUUUGUCCAUUACAAAAAAGUGCAAAGAAAGUUGUAUUUGAUUGUAUUAUAUUGUAUUUCAUUGUUGUUUGACUGGAUGUGUAUGUUCUCAGGUGUUCUCUGGUCAGUUCCUGUCUGAUAAGAAGAUUGGGACCUACGUAGAGGUGGACAUGUACGGGUUGCCCACGGAUACCAUCCGCAAAGAGUUCCGCACGCGCAUGGUGAUGAACAACGGCCUGAACCCCGCCUACAACGAAGAACCUUUCGUCUUCAGGAAGGUACAGAGGAGGAGAGGAGAGAGGGAUGGGUGA